GAUUUGAGCAGGAGAAUUGGCAUUUUCACAUGCACACAUUGGAGCCAGAGAGUCUGCAAUGUCAGCAGGUUUCUUCAAAACCACCUUUGGAAGGAGAGGUCAGUUGCAGUUGAGACACAACAAUGAGCAGCGAAACACACUGGUUUCAAGCAUAAGAAGAAGGUGCGCUACACAGUCAGCGGCAAGGAAUCUAAGCAAGUCUAGCUCCAGGGUUUUUCUAUAUCUUCACAUGGCUGAAAAUACAGUCACAACAAAUGUCACACUGGAUUGACAGGACCAAAACAGGUGCUAACACCACUGAGCUAGGAUGACUGUGUAAAACAGAGAGCACACCCAAGAGAAGCAGACAUCACAACAGUUGCUGAUGAUGGCCAGUGAGGAAUCUAUGACGUCACUCCAGAAGCCUCAAGAGUCAUCUCCUGAAGACAGUUCAAAAUCAAAAGACCCUAAAGAAUCAGCUGAAUCAGCUGAAUCAGCCCUGAAGGAUAUAAAAGAACAACUACAGAAAGAAAAAAUCCAACAUGAAAAAGCCGUGAAGGAAUUGCAGGAGGCUAUAGACAUUCUUCCUGAGAGCUUAAAGGAACCCAGAGAGACUUUGAGGGAAGUGACAGAGAAGAAGCUUCCACAAGAGUCCCAGUCAGAAAAGCUAGUGACCAGAAGUGAGAAUCUCUCUGACCAUGAAGUUUUAACAUGGGCAUCAGGAGGUCUGGCUCUGCAGGGCAUUUAUCAAACCACAAAUAUCACAGAUUUGUUGGGUGAACGAGAGCAGCUCAUCCAGAUUCCAAAAGGAUUCAAGUUCUGUGGUCCAGUUCAAGGGUCAUUUCUUGAGAAGAUGGAGUUUUCAUCAUCAAAAGAUGAAUCUACAUUCAGAAAGACAGUAGAGCACUUGGGUCUCAGUUUUAGCCUUGCUUGUAAGGGUGAAUUAAAGACAAUAAUUGCAGAGACCCAUGGUAGUUACAGCAGAACUUCAAAACAUGCUAAAACCUUGAAGACUUCCACUGAACAUUCUUAUUUUUGCGCAGCCCAAUAUAACUACAUCCCACUUGCUUUGUGCCAUUUCUCAAAGGACCAGCUCAAGCUUUCCAGUUCAGCUUUGCAAGAGCUAAGAAAGAUUGAACAUCUUUCGAGACAGAUUUCUGAUAACGACAAGGCUGACCUUUUAAAGAGCAGAUGUGGGAGCUUUUUCAAGAGAUUUGGUUCUCAUGUUAACAGUCAAGUCCACUUGGGUGGGAUAUUUUGGUGGAGAGCAUCUUCGGAGGGCUUUGAGACAACCCAACUAGAAGAAAUGAAGAAACGAGUCCAAAACGUUCUUGGGGUCUACAUAGCAGGUUGCUUUUCUGGUCAGGUUGGCGGCAUUGAUUUUGGUGGAUCCAAAACAGAUGUAUCAUCCAAUAGUACUGAGAGAAAAUCAUCACAAACAGAAAUCCAACUCUUUGUAAGCAAAACAGGUGGUCCCCCUGAAGCAGAUUCACUCACACCUUGGAAAUCUGGCUUGACUGCUAGUAAUAAAAUUUGGAGUGUUAUUGAUCGGGGCGAUGAGUUCAUCCCUAUAUGGGACAUUGUCCUGUCUAAUCACAAGGAAGAUUUUGAAGAUGUUCUUGACAUUUCUAACCAUCUCAGGGAAUUUUACGAAACUUUAAGUGGCAGAAAAGUAAGUAGGAUAUGUGGGGAGGAACUGAUUGGUAUGGAGAAAGAAGUCACAGCAUUUUUGAAGGGCCUCAGUGGAUGGAAGAUCACAACUGAUCCAGAUAAACUAGAAGAACUGGUUAAUUUCAAAAAGAAGCUCUAUGAAAAAACCAAGUCAGAACACAUGUGGCGUACAAUAUGCCUGUCAAAUCCAGAACUUCAGAAUUUCCUGGAACGGACAGUUUUAUUGUUGAAAAAGGAUCUGAUAGCUCCAAACAUCAGCUAUAUGCGACUUCUUCUCUGCCUCCUUCUGAAACCUCACAUUUAUUCAGUUCAGUAUUUUCCCAGUUCAUCACUCAUCAUGCAGUGGAUCUAUCGUGGUGAAAAUGAGCAGCCUGAAGCAAUUUCAGUUACAGACAUAGCUGACUUUAUUAGCAUCCUUCAUGAAAAGAAGAGUGGCAUCAAGGAUGCACUGCUGAAGCCUUCAGUUUCUGCUGCAGCAGAAGGAGAAGAGGACAUAGUGCAAAUUUCCUCAGAUUUGAGCCCGGCUUUCUGUUCCUUAUUGAAGGCCUUGAGAGAGAAUUCCCAGGAAGACCUAGCACACUAUUGCUGCAGUCAAUUGCUCAUAGUGUAG